AUGUUUCAGCUUAGUGACGACAGUUCAUCUUCUUCGGAAGAAUACCAUACCGAGUUGGUGGCCGUUCAUGUUCCAAAUGAACGUCAUCAAUCUCCAUCUCACAUUAUUCAAAUGGAUUAUCAACAAGAAACAGAAGCACCUGCACUUGUUCCACCAACUGUACCUCGUUCUCAUAAACGAUCAUCAAUUGCCAAGAAAAAGCGAAAUCAAAAAACUAGUCGUCGCCACCGAGCAAAUCGCUACAAUUACGAAAUAAUACGUCCAGCAAACAUGAAGAUUACAUCAAUUAAAAAAUUACUACGGGAAAAUCAUAUUAAAUAUACUAAUAUCCAUGUGGUUCAUUCAGUACUUUAUAUUGGUGUCAAGUCUGAUGGUCAUAAACGUUUAUAUGAACAGUUAUUGCCCUCCCAUAUGUUUGUCUGA